UGCCAUGGAGAAGGGAACCGGCCCCUUGACCAGAAGCUCAGUGGCCUCGGCCUCGUCCUCCACGGCCACCUUCAAGGAGGAGCUGCUGUGCCCCAUCUGCUACGAGCCGUUCCGGGAAGCCGUGACCCUUUGCUGCGGCCACAACUUCUGCAAGGACUGCGUGAGCCGUUCCUGGGAGCACCGGCAUCACGCGUGCCCCGUCUGCAAGGAAACCUCCUCCUUCGACGACCUCCGCGUCAACCACACGCUCAACAACCUGGUGGAGAUGAUCCUGAAGGAGGAAGGGCAACGGCGGAACCGGGCGGCCACCCUCUGCCCGCUCCAUCACGAAGAAGCCAAAUUCUUCUGCCUGGAAGAUAAGGAGUUGGCGUGCUUUGCCUGCCAAAGCUCCAAGCAACACGAAGGGCACAAGAUGCGGCCGGUGCACGAGACGGCGGCGGAUUUCAGGGCCAAGCUGAAGAACAUGGAGACUUCCCUGCGGGAUAAGGCGAAGGAUUUUGGGGCCGUGCAUCGCUCCUACAAGUCCAUCUCCGCACACAACCAG